UCCCAUCUCCUCACUACUACCAUUCUUCUUCUCUUAAUUACUACUUGUUUCUUUCUAUAUACAUCUCAUUAUUCGGGAAAUAUAUUAUGACUUCACACAAUUCAUUACCCUUUUGUGCAAUGUUGCCCUUGCUUCUUUCCAUCUUCUCUUCCAUGGCAGCCAUUGCCUCUGGUAAUUUCUACCGAGAUUUUGACAUCACAUGGGGAGAUGGUCGAGGUAAGAUUCUCAACAAUGGCGACCUUCUCACUUUGUCCCUUGACAAAGCCUCUGGGUCUGGAUUUCAAUCCAAGAAUGAGUAUAUGUUUGGGAAGAUUGAUAUGCAGCUCAAGCUUGUCCCUGGCAAUUCCGCUGGCACUGUCACCGCUUAUUAUCUAUCCUCGAAAGGGUCUACUUGGGAUGAGAUAGACUUUGAGUUCUUGGGGAAUUUGAGUGGAGACCCCUACAUUCUUCACACUAACGUGUUUAGCCAAGGCAAAGGAAACAGAGAGCAGCAAUUCUAUCUAUGGUUUGACCCAACUGCAGAUUUUCACACCUAUUCCAUUCUUUGGAAUCCCCAGCGCAUCAUAUUCUCUGUCGAUGGCACCCCAAUUAGGGAAUUUAAGAACUUGGAGAGCAAUGGUGUUCCUUUCCCAAAGAAUCAACCAAUGAGGAUUUAUUCUAGCCUAUGGAAUGCUGAUGAUUGGGCUACAAGGGGUGGUCUGGUCAAGACUGACUGGACGCAAGCUCCUUUCACUGCUUCCUAUAGGAAUUUCAAUGCCGAUGCUUGUAUAUGGUCUAAUGGGGCAUCUUCUUGCAACUCAAAUUCACCCUCCACUAGUAAUGGAUGGCUAUCACAAGAAUUGGACACAACAAGCCAGGAAAGGCUCCAAUGGGUGCAAAAAAAUUACAUGAUCUAUAACUACUGCACAGACAAUAAAAGAUUUCCCCAGGGACUCCCUCCAGAAUGCAGCAUCUCAUAGAGAAGAUUCGCCAAUCAAUACACAGAUAUUUUUGCUUUUUUACUUCUCCAUUCUUUGAUUCUUUGUUUGUGAUAUUCAAUUCCUUUGUAAUGAUUGCAAUACAAUAACACUAUCAAAAUUUAAAGAUUCUUAUUUGUUUA